AUUAGCACGCAUUUUUCUUCCAGCCCAGUGUGCCAUUAUAAUGUUUGAUGUGACAUCAAGAGUCACUUACAAGAAUGUGCCCAACUGGCAUAGAGAUCUGGUACGAGUAUGUGAGAACAUCCCCAUUGUGUUGUGUGGCAAUAAAGUGGACAUCAAGGACAGGAAAGUGAAGGCAAAGUCUAUUGUCUUCCACCGAAAGAAGAACCUUCAGUACUAUGACAUUUCUGCCAAAAGUAACUACAACUUUGAAAAGCCCUUCCUGUGGCUCGCCAGGAAGCUCAUUGGAGACCCCAACUUGGAGUUUGUGGCCAUGCCUGCACUUGCUCCCCCAGAGGUCGUCAUGGACCCUGCAUUGGCGGCCCAGUAUGAGCACGAUUUAGAGGUCGCUCAGACAACUGCUCUUCCGGAUGAGGAUGAUGACCUGUGAGAGCGAAGCUGGAGCCCAGCGUCAGAAGUCUAGUUUUAUAGGCAGCUGUCCUGUGAUGUCGGCGGUGCAGCGUGUGUGCCACUUGAUUACCUAGCUAAGCGGAACAUGUGCUUCAUCUGUGGGAUGCUGAAGGAGAUGAAUGGGCUUCGGAGUGAAUGUGGCAGUUUAAAAAAAAUACCUUCCUUGUUUGGACCUGCAUAUUUAGCUGUUUGGGAACGCAGUUGAUUCCUUCUUGAGUUUCAAAUAUAAGACUGCUACAGUCACAUCACAAUAUUCCGUGGUGGAGUCUUGUUUGUUACUGUCAUUCCCAUUCCUUUCGUUUAGAAUCAGAAUAAAGUUGUAUUUCAAAUAUCUCA